CAAAAAAAAACAUUGAAAACAAGCAUGGAUGAGAGUAGAAGCAAGAGCAGCGGCGGGGAGGUGAAGUACAGGGGCGUGAGGAAGCGGCAGUGGGGGAAGUACGCGGCCGAGAUACGGGACACCUCGAGGCAGGGCGCGAGGGUGUGGCUGGGGACGUUUGACACGGCCGAGCAGGCGGCUAGGGCUUACGACAGGGCGGCGUACGAGAUGAGGGGCCAUUAUGCGAUCCUCAACUUCCUCGAGGAGUACAACCUGCCAAGCACCUCGUCCCACUUCGCUGCGCCCUCGGGCGCCUCGCAGCAGGGGCGCCAGGUGUUCGAGUUCGAGUACUACGACGAUAAGCUUCUUGAGGAGCUUCUUGAUGAUAAGAGAGACAAUUAAUAAGUUUGAUUGAUCAAUCAUUGUCAUCAUCAUUCUGCAUUUCGUGUGUGACCCUAAGUUGAAUAAAAUUGAAUAAUUACAUUUCAUCUA